AUGACAGCGACAAGUAAUGGUAGCGCAACGAAUACAACUGUGAUAGCAGCACUCUCCCACCAAGCGCAAUACUGUGGACCAUAUAAAAUUGAAAAAACACUUGGAAAAGGUCAAACGGGUCUUGUGAAGACGGGAACACAUUGUAUCACUGGGCGCAAGGUUGCUGUAAAAAUUGUUAAUAAAGAGAAACUUAGUGAAUCAGUCCUUCAAAAGGUGGAACGCGAAAUUGCAAUAAUGAAAUUAAUUGAACAUCCAAAUGUGCUACAUCUUUACGAUGUUUAUGAAAACAAGAAAUAUUUAUAUUUACUGCUAGAACAUGUUAGUGGUGGUGAAUUAUUUGAUUAUCUAGUCCGAAAAGGUCGCUUAAUGGCUAAAGAAGCACGAAAAUUUUUUCGACAAAUUAUUUCGGCUCUGGAUUUCUGUCACGCUCAUAACAUAUGUCAUCGAGAUCUAAAACCUGAAAAUUUACUUUUGGAUGAUAGAAAUAAUAUUAAGGUUGCUGAUUUUGGAAUGGCAUCCCUGCAAGUUGAGGGUUCAAUGCUUGAAACAAGUUGCGGGUCUCCACAUUAUGCUUGUCCGGAAGUCAUACGGGGAGAAAAAUACGAUGGUCGAAAAGCCGAUAUUUGGUCCUGUGGUGUUAUUUUAUAUGCUUUACUAGUUGGUGCUUUGCCUUUUGACGAUGAUAAUCUGCGUAACCUUCUAGAAAAAGUUAAGAAGGGCGUUUUCCAUAUCCCUCAUUUCGUUCCAUCUGAUUGUCAAAAUCUUCUCAGGACUAUGAUCGAAGUUGAUCCACAAAAACGGCUUUCUUUGAGCGAAGUAUUCAAACAUCCUUGGGUUGCUGAUAGUUCGAAAACUGAACUUGAACUUGAACUACCCAUGGCGCAAGUUGUACAGACCUAUAUAAUUCCUAGCGAAGAAAAUAUUGAUUCGGAUGUCUUUCGACAUAUGACUAAUUUGGGGUGCUUCAAGGAUAAAGAAAAAUUGAUCCGAGAACUAUUGCAUAACACGGAGAAAAUGGUUUAUUUCUUGUUAUUAGAUCGAAAAAGGCGUAGACCUGCACACGAGGAUGAAACUGAAGUAGUUCUCCGUGGUCCCAAUCUUAAUCAUGAUCCACCACGAAAACGUACCGAUUCCUCGAGACCUUCUAGAUAUCCAUUUGGUUCAAUUAGUGAAGGAUCUCCGAUCAAUCCUCGAAAAACAUACGGGCGAUACAGCCGAGGUAGACAUUGCUCACUUGGUGGAUCACCAAAUGGUUCUGCACGCUCACCACCACUUGAAUCGAUCAGUAGUAGUAUUGGCCCUCUAAUGCCAUCUUCACGACAAAUCUGUAAUGCUGCUUCACAAGUUGAUGAACAUGGAAGGCUUGUUUUAAUCAAAAUUUUGUGA